AUGGUAGACUUGCACAGCAUCUACUGCACUCUCUCCCCCCCCCACUCCCCACCCGGACCCAGUGUCAAGACAGAGGUAAGAAGACCGGGGACCGGGAGAGCUGUGCAGGUGGAUGACACGGUCGAACCUGUACCUUGGCGUUCUACUCUACGUCCCCCGGUCCACACAGCAAAUGACCAAAUUUUUGACCAGCAGCAACAGCAGCAGCAGCAGCAGCAAAAACAACAACAACACCCCAACAGGGGUCAGAAGGACGAGGAUGAUGACUGGGCAGCCAUGCCCACUACCUGCGUACCCAGCGGGAUCGCAAGCGCAUCUGCCGCCAAGGAACCAGAUGCCAGGGAAUUGUCGGCGCGCAUACCAGGCUGCGAUAGCAUGGUUUGCUGA